AUGGCUGAGGAGAUAGUCAGAGUGUUUCCCAUAGUAGUGUCGAAACUGAUCGAUAUGUAUAACCGCAAAAGCGGGAAUGUGAUGAGCGGGUUAUUAACGGGGCAGAAGACACUUGGCAAUUUUCGCGAUGUAGCCGAUGUUAUUCCGUUGAGUGGAUCUUCGUUUUUAAUUGAUGAGAAUGAGCUCAUUAAAUCGGUUGGAAGUCAUACCAAAAAUUUUGAAGAAGAACUUGUCAUUGGGUAUUUCACCAUUGGAGACGAGGUCCAAGAACCAAAGGUCAAUGCACUCCACACCUUCUUUAACUCAAUGAAAAAAGUCCCUGUUGUUGUCAUGGCAGGGAAAAAGGAUGGGAAGUUUGUGAUUAAAGCGUUUGGAUCAAAUUUGCCAGACGCGAAAACACAAUGCAACUUUAAGGAAAUCAAAGUCACUUACCCAGUGGACGCACUCGAUAAGAUCAUCGCGUCGUGUUAA